AUGCCGGAGCGGCUGAAGACGUACUUCGGCGACGCCGAAAACGAGCCUGCCCAGCAGGUCUCAAAGGCUGUUCCCGACCCCGCGCCCGAGGAGGCCGGCCGGAAGAAAAAACGCAGCAAGCGGAAGCGCGACCAACCCGCCGACGAGGAACAACCACCGCGCAACCAUGAACCAAUUCACAAAGAACCCGUUAAAGCCCCCUCACCAGUGGUUGAGAAGGUCGUACCAGAGCCAGCGGAACGCAACGGCGAAAUAGUCCAGCAACAAACACUCAGCAAAUCCCAACAAAAGCCCAAAUCAACAUACCAGUCCAAACCCAAGACCUUAGAUUCCAAGACGAAUUUCUCCUCCCUCCGCGAGAAGGCAAAUAACCUUUACGAACAACGCAAGAAACUCCCCAUUUUCGGCCAUGCCGACGAGAUACGGCAGAAGCUCCGGGAUCAAGAUGUGAUGCUGCUGGUCGGUGAAACGGGUAGCGGAAAGAGUACGCAGAUCCCGCAGUUCUUGGUCAAUGAAUUCUGGUGUCGACCGACCGAUACGAAAAUUACAAAGAAGGAUGGCUCGGAGAAAUUGGUUAAGGUUGGUGGCUGUAUCGCUAUCACGCAGCCUCGUCGAGUCGCUGCCAUCACGCUUGCCCGCCGUGUGGCCGAGGAAAUGGGGACACCGCUGGGUUCUUCGUCGCCGGCGAUACUUCGGGUCAAGUUUUUGACGGAGGGAAUGCUGCUACAGGAGAUGCUCCACGACCCGUGGCUCACUAAGUACAGCGCGAUCGUGGUUGACGAGGUCCACGAACGAGGUGUGAAUGUGGAUCUGGUGACGGGAUUUUUGCGCAAUUUGGUAUCCGGAAACAAAGAGGGCAGAGGUGGUGUGCCGCUCAAGGUGGUGGUUAUGAGUGCUACGGCAGAUAUGGAAAGUCUCCAGGGCUUCUUCCAAGAAGGAUUCAAGCUGGAAGUGGAGGAACAAAAGCGCAUACAGAACGGGUCCGCGAAGGCUGAGAAGGAAGACGAGAAGGUCAAAGAUAUCUCGGUUUGCCAUAUCAAGGGUCGCCAAUUUCCCGUCAAAACAAUCUACUCUCCCGAGCCCGUGCAUGAUUUCGUGGACGCCGCUCUCAAGGUGAUCUUCCAGAUCCAUUACAAGGAGCCCAUGCCUGGUGAUAUUCUGGUCUUCCUGACUGGUCAAGAGACCGUCGAGGCCCUCGAACAUUUGGUCAAUGAAUACGCCAUUGGCAUGGAUCCGGGUCUACCCAAGAUCCUGGUCCUUCCACUCUUUGCAGCUCUCCCCCAAGCUGCUCAACAGCGAGUGUUCAUGCCCGCACCACCUCGCACACGAAAGAUUGUGCUCUCGACUAACAUCGCUGAGACGUCCGUCACUGUUUCGGGGGUGCGAUUUGUGGUGGAUUGCGGAAAGGCAAAGGUGAAGCAAUUCCGGUCGCGACUGGGACUGGAUUCCUUGCUGGUGAAGCCGAUCUCCAAAUCCGCGGCCAUUCAGCGAAAGGGUCGUGCGGGUCGUGAAGCCGCCGGCCAGUGUUUCCGUCUAUAUACUGAAAAGGACUAUCUGACCCUCGACGAGACCAAUACCCCCGAGAUCCUGCGAUGCGAUCUGAGCCAGGCACUCCUGAACAUGAAAGCGCGAGGCGUCGACGACAUUGUCCGGUUCCCCUUUCUCACUCGCCCACCACGCGAGACACUUGAGAAAGCUCUCCUCCAACUUCUCAAUAUCCAAGCCCUUGAUGACACUGGCUCGAUUAGCAAGAUUGGCCAACACAUCGCCAAGUUGCCGCUGACACCAACGCUGGGACGUGUACUUCUCGCGGCAGCGGAACAUGGCGGCGAUUGCCUGACAGAUGUCAUCGACAUCAUCUCAUGUCUUAGUGUGGAGAAUAUCUUCCUAAACGCCAACUCGGAAGAAAAGAAGGAAGCCGCCGAGACGGCCCGACGCGAUCUUUACCGACGCGAGGGUGAUCAUCUGACAAUGUUAGCGACGGUGCGUGCCUACGCAGCCGAGAACGCUGAUCGGAAAGCGUGGGCAGAGCGGCAUCUGGUCUCGCAUCGGGCGAUGCAGUCUGUCAUGGACGUCCGCAAGCAACUGCGCACGCAAUGCCGACAGGCUAAAAUGCUGCCGGCCGACCAAAGAAAUGACCACUUCCCGGACCCCUCGCCGAUUCUCAUCCUGCAAAGCUUCCUUGGUGGCUUUGCAACCAACACCGCUCGUCUAGUGCCGGAUGGCAGCUACCGGACAGUGGUUGGCAACCAGACCGUUGCAAUCCACCCGUCUAGUGUACUAUUUGGCAAGAAGGUUGAGGCGAUUAUGUAUAACGAGUUUGUAUUUACAAAUCGCACCUACGCACGCGGAGUUAGCGCCGUGCAGAUGGAUUGGGUUGGGGAGGCCUUGGCUGCCAGUGGUUAA